GUGCGCAGUUAACGCUCCCUAAACUGCCACUUGCUCAGCUCCGCCCCUAAGGUGUCUAUUUGUGCGCCUGCGCUGUGACCUAGAAUGGGCGCAUGCGCUGAGCGGAACUGGCUGGUUUGAAAACCAUGGCGUGGGUACCAGCGGAGUCCGCAGUGGAAGAGUUGAUGCCUCGGCUGUUGCCGGUAGAGCCCUGCGACUUGACGGAAGGUUUCGAUCCCUCGGUACCCCCGAGGACGCCUCAGGAAUACCUGAGGCGGGUCCAGAUCGAAGCAGCUCAAUGUCCAGAUGUUGUGGUAGCUCAAAUUGACCCAAAGAAGUUGAAAAGGAAGCAAAGUGUGAAUAUUUCUCUUUCAGGAUGCCAACCCGCCCCUGAAGGUUAUUCCCCAACACUUCAAUGGCAACAGCAACAAGUGGCACAGUUUUCAACUGUUCGACAGAAUGUGAACAAACAUAGAAGUCACUGGAAAUCACAACAGUUGGAUAGUAAUGUGACAAUGCCAAAAUCUGAAGAUGAAGAAGGCUGGAAGAAAUUUUGUCUGGGUGAAAAGUUAUGUGCGGACGGGGCUGUUGGACCAGCCACAAAUGAAAGUCCUGGAAUAGAUUAUGUACAAAUUGGUUUUCCUCCCUUGCUUAGUAUUGUUAGCAGAAUGAAUCAGGCAACAGUAACUAGUGUCUUGGAAUAUCUGAGUAAUUGGUUUGGAGAAAGAGACUUUACUCCAGAAUUGGGAAGAUGGCUUUAUGCUUUAUUGGCUUGUCUUGAAAAGCCUUUAUUACCUGAGGCUCAUUCACUGAUUCGGCAGCUUGCAAGAAGGUGCUCUGAAGUGAGGCUCUUAGUGGAUAGCAAAGAUGAUGAGAGGGUUCCUGCUUUGAAUUUAUUAAUCUGCUUGGUUAGCAGGUAUUUUGACCAACGUGAUUUAGCUGAUGAGCCAUCUUGAUGUAGCUGAUCUCUCAGGGAUAGAAGAUAUUUCUCAUGAAGGCAGCCUAACUGAGGAAAGCAAUACCAAUUCAAGUACAGACUGCAACACAUCUUCAACACUAUGUGAAGGGUUCACAUCUUAACCUGUGCAAUUCAGAUUGAUACUCAGAAUAUGGGUUGUAUUGAUUUGAACAUCUGAAAUAUCAAUGGAAAAUCCCACUCAGUUUUUGAUGAAUAGUUUGAACAGUUUUCUGUAAUCAAGCAGCUUGCAUAGAAAUUGUAUGAUGAAAUUUUACAUAGGUUCUUGGUGCUGGUUUGUUCUUUUUUUGCUUUUUGUUGUUUUGUUAUUUACUUAUAUACAUAUAAAAUUUUAUUGAAAAUA